UGCGUCCGUCGGUCCGUGCAUCCCGGCCGCCCCUUCGCCCUCGCUAUGGCGCCCUGGUUGCAGCUGUUGUCGCUGCUGGGGCUGCUCCCAGGCGCCGCCGCCGCCCCUGCGCCGGCUUGGGAGCCACCGUCCCCGGAGCUGCUGAAGCCGGCCCGCUUCGCCCUGAGGAUGUACAACCGCGGCCGGGCGGCGGGGACGCAGGCCGCGCUGGGGGCCGUCCGCGGGCGAGUCCGCCGGGCGGGUAGGGGGUCGCUGUAUUCCCUGGAGGCGACCUUGGAGGAGCCGCCCUGCAAUGACCUCACGGUGUGCCGGCUCCCUCUGUCCAAGAAAACUCUGCUCUGCAGUUUCGAGGUCCUGGAUGAGUUAGGCAAACACAUGCUGCUGAGGCGGGACUGCGGCCCAGUGGAUACCAAGGUUGCAGAGUACACCAACGAGACCCUGAAUUCCAUCCUUCCACUGUUGAACAAGGAUCCCCAGCCCCAGGAUUUUUCCGGGAAGAUGGCUUCUAUCUUCAAGAACUUUGUCACCACUUAUAACCGGACGUAUGAGACGAAGGAGGAAACCAAGUGGCGCAUGUCCGUCUUUGCCAAUAACAUGAUACGCGCGCAGAAGCUCCAGGCCCUGGACCAAGGUACAGCUCAGUAUGGAAUCACCAAGUUCAGCGACCUAACAGAGGAGGAGUUCCGCACCAUCUACCUGAAUCCCCUCCUAAGAGAGGACCCCGGCCAGAAGAUGCGCCUAGGCAAGGCCCCCAAGGGCCCUGUGCCUCCUGACUGGGACUGGAGGACAAAGGGAGCUGUCACCAAAGUCAAGGACCAGGGCAUGUGUGGUUCCUGCUGGGCCUUCUCAGUGACAGGCAACGUGGAGGGCCAGUGGUUCCUGAACCGGGGGACCCUGCUUUCCCUCUCCGAGCAGGAGCUCUUGGAUUGUGACAAGGUGGACAAGGCCUGCAUGGGUGGCGUGCCUUCCAACGCCUACUCAGCCAUAAAGACUCUGGGAGGGCUAGAGACAGAGGAAGACUAUAGCUACCACGGCCACCUGCAGGCCUGCAGCUUCUCUGCAGAGAAGGCCAAGGUCUACAUCAACGACUCAGUGGAGCUGAGCCAGAACGAGUACAAGCUGGCGGCCUGGCUGGCCAAGAAUGGCCCAAUCUCCGUCGCCAUCAAUGCCUUUGGCAUGCAGUUCUACCGCCAUGGGAUCGCCCACCCUCUCCGGCCCCUCUGCAGCCCUUGGCUCAUCGACCAUGCUGUGCUGAUUGUGGGCUAUGGCAACCGAUCUGACGUCCCCUUCUGGGCCAUCAAGAACAGCUGGGGCACUGACUGGGGCGAGGAGGGUUACUACUACCUGCAUCGUGGGUCUGGGGCCUGUGGUGUGAACACCAUGGCCAGCUCGGCGGUAGUGGACUAAGGUGCCACCAGCUCAAGACCUGGUGCUGACCAGAGCAACCUCUUCCUCAGCUUGACCUGCAUGGCCAGGCCCCUCCCCAGGAGGCACAGCUGGCUGAGGGACAGGCACCGGGUACCUUGGGGUGAGCAGAGGGCACUGGGGGCACAGCCCCUUCCCUCCACCUGCCCCACUCAGAGUCCCCAACUGCGUCUUUGUUGAAUUGUGGUAGGGAGGAGGAUCUUGGGGUGAAGGAUGUUAUCUGGCAGCUGAAGCUGGGGCGAGAAUCCUGGACUCGGAUGAGGAGCAGGCAGGGAGAAAGGGUUCUGGUAUCAGAGCCGCUCUGUCCCCAGCAGGCUCUGGCUUCCUGCCCAGCUUUCCUCCAUCUAAUGCUAGGUGUUUUCUGGUCCCCUUUGGAUUAGGGCAGUGUCCCCUUCCACGUCUACAGAAAUAGUUGCAACUACCCUUUCCUAACAGCAAUAAAGAGGUGUCUUGGUCCCCG